AUGGCGACAAGCCAGAGUCAACAGCAGCCAGCGCAGUCGCCAUUCAAGCUCUUCAGUCGUGUAUCAUGGACCAACCGAGGCAAAAAGCCCAAGCAAGGCAGUCUUGGCGAGGAAAACAACAUGUAUUACCAUCCAGAGUUGAAGAGAUGGGUAGAAAGGGGAAAGGAAGAGGAGGCUGAGCGCGAGGCUGCGGGCCCGCCUCCACCACCGGUUAUGUCUGGAGCUAGCAUCGCAUCGGCACCCCUUUCUAAGCGUUCCUUAUCCCAGCGCUAUGCCCUCCAGCCCAAUCUAUCCAUUUCCUCCUCCAUGGCUUCCCUGGCGGGCUCACUCUCCCAGACCGAUCUCGCGGGUCUCAUCGCCGCUGGCGGACAGGGCGACAGCUUCUCCGGCCCGCCCAGCGCCAUCGGCAGUACGGCUCCCUCGCCGCCUCAGUCCAGCAACAGCCUCCUCCCCCAGGGCGUCUUUAGCUCGGGACCUUCCUCCGCUACAGGGAUCGGCGUAGGAGGCUCCAACGCCAACUCGUUCUUCGUGCCUCCACCGCCGCAGCGCGCCACAUCGCAGCCCAGCGGCAUCCCCGCAACUAGCUUCUUCGUCCCGAAGCCGCUUGAUCACACACCCCGAGAGAACGGUCAAGAGGAAUCAGCAGCGGUGCCCCUUGCCUUGGACGGCGCCUCUACAGUCAGCGACCAUCAACAGCACUAUAGUCAGCAGGCACCAGAUGACGAUAACACAGCAGCUGCUGGUGACGACGAGUCGCCAGAACCUGCAGGGACUUUGGGUCAGAGCCCUCCGCAUGAUCUCCAGCGCGUCCCCCACGCCAACCGUAAUGGCAGUCACAUGGCUGUCCUGGACGGCGAGGCUGCCGAUUGUGAUUCCGCUGCGUCCCCUGAUCCCCCGUUCUUCGGGAACGGGGUCGGGGUCGAUGACGGGGACGCUCCGCAUGACGGCGAUAGUGGUGCUGUGGGCAAUAGUGACGCCACUGAAGGGCUCAGGGAUGCGACUGCGGCUGUGGCGGAGAGACGCAACCUGGAAUGCUGCGUGUCCUUUUCGGACGCGUUGAAGCAGCAGGAUCAACCGAUGGAGUCGCCUGCGGUGUCGAAUGCAGCUUCCAGCACAGCCGCAGAGACACAGUCAUUGUCAUUUAAGCUGUUGCAGAGUGCGCCCCAGCCGACUGCGCGAGAACAUCGGCGCGUCGGUGGCGUGGGUGCAAACGCCUCGGACGGCGGCGCUGCCAUCUCGCUGCACGAGGGCAUGGGGAUUGCACCUGUGCGGCCACAUGGUCAUUCACCCGAAGCGGGUGAUGACGGGGCCGGGAGGUAUGGGGGCGAGCUGGCGGCAGUUGAUGAAGGCGAGGGGAAUCUUGUGGAGCGGGACGGCCCCGUGUCCACGGCUGGUGGCGAGGGCGGUGAGGCGGCGGGCGAGGAGUAUGUCGGGCAAGGGACUGGCGGCGGUGUCAGUGUUGUUGGGGCGGGCGCUGCAUCUUCUGCGCCCACAGAUAGCGCAGGAGGGAGCCCCGGGGGCGAAGUGAUAGCAUCCGCGGAUGCCACGGGGCCAGCAGUGGGCGGUGCAGGUGGCAGCACCACGCUUCACUCUCAGUACUACUACCAGCAGUAUGCUUACCUGUACCAGUAUGCGGUGGGGCAAGGCUACAGCGAGACGGAUGCAGUGGCGUAUGCGCAAUACUACGCGGCCGUGUACGCGCAGCAGUACGAGGCGCAGACGCCGGAGGGCCAAGUCGGUGGCGAUGUGGCCGCAGCUGCUGGCGCGGGCGCUGAUGCAGCUGCAAGUGCGCAUGCCGAGGAGCAGCAGAGGUCUCAGCCUGUAAUGACAGGUUCCAGCAUCGAUGCGGUAGGAGCGGAUGGCGCAGCAGCAGCAACAGGAACAGCCUCUGCGCUUGAGGCUGUGGGCGGUGCUGCUGACCCAUCCUGGCAGGUCGCGGCGGCGGCGGCAGAGGAUGAGGCGUCGGCGGUGGUGCUGGGGCUCACCAGCCCCGAGUCCAACAUCUUCGAGGUGGAGAAUGUGGAUCGUGGCGAGGACCCAGUCUACAUGACCGUGCCGCCCGCAAUGCACAGCGCUUUCCCGGUUGCACCGGUCGUUGCAGGCCCAGCGGUUCCAGAGCCAGUGGUGGAGGUGGAGGAGGGCGCUCUGCUGAUCACUGCCGCACCGCUGCCAGCCGAACUGACAGCGGCGGCCACUGCUGCUGCCCAGCACCACCAAUCUGCUGUCACGACUGCUGUCGCCGCCGCCGCCGCCGUCGCCUAUGAGCAGCAUAAGCUGCAACGGACAGGCGGGCUCACGGGUGUCGGUGACGGCACAGGAGCAGCCGCGGGUGCUGCACCGGCGGCUACAGGCGCAGCCUCCGUUCAGGCAGCUUCUGCUGCUGCUUCCCCCCUCGCAACCCAGCUGCUGCUCGGCUUGGGUGCUGCGGGUGCAAAGCGGCUCACGCAGCUGUCCUCGGCUGCCACCGCAGCCGUCGCGUCCCUGGGCGCAACUGUGGCGUCGACGACCCCGGUCGCAGCUGCGCUGUCCGCUGCCGCAGUUGCGGCCGGUGGCUUUGUAGGUCUGGACGGCCUGAAUGGUUUGAGUGAGGACGACUUUGAGCGCAUCAUGCAUCCUGGCGACCCUGCCAAGCUGGAUGGUCCCCUGCCCUGGGAGCUCCCUGAGCACCUGCGCACUAGCCGUAAGUUCCUGGCGCUGUGCGCAAACUGGCAGAUGGCGAACCCGGGACAAGCCUACUCGCCACACCUGCUGCUGCAACAGCUGGGCCAGGAGCAGAACAAGCAGCAGCAACGGAUGUCGCAGCAGAUUGCCGAGUUGGAAGCGCCAGGGGUUGCAGCUGCGGAUGUGGCGAUGGCUGAGGUGAAUGGCGGCGAUGUGGCUUUGGCGGCUGAUGUUGCCUCGGUGUCUGCGGCUUCGGAGCAGCAGUCGGCGGCUGCCGACCUGUCCUCUUAUGAGCGGGCCUGCCGCCUUGCCCAGUUUGGACAGCCGGUUGUGGGGCUGCUGCCCAAGAAGGAAGCCACGCAGGCGGCCGACAGCGCCAUGGCAGUAGCAGCAGAAAGGUUUCUGGAUCCCCAGCUGCCCCCUCAGCCGCAUGAGCAGCUGCCGCCGUUGGAGCAGCAACAAGUUCAGGAGCCGCAAAGCUCCGAAACCCAACCUGCCGCAUCAAACGGCGAAGUGUUUAUCGCUGCUUCUAUGCCGCUCAGCAAGCGAGCCCCUGAUGCUUCGGAAGCACAGGAGGUGGAGGAGCAGAGCCCUGCAGCGGUCGCUGCUCCACCGGCUGUUUGUCUCGACUUGGGCCUGCUGCCGGUAGUGGACAGCCCCGCUACGGACAGGUGCACGCCCGCCUCUGAGCGCUCGGAUGACCCUUUUGCUGGGACCGAGCAUGUACCCCUCUCUCAUCAGCUGCAGCAGCUACAACAGCAACAGGGCUCCCCACAAGACUCGCCGACCCGGGUGCGACACGGUGGCGUCACGCUUGAGCAGGUAUUGGAGCUGGAGGGUAGUUGCGAUGCCAGCGAGGCAGAGGUGGUGGCUUCCGCGGCGGUGGAGGUGGCGAUUGAGGGCUCCGCUGGGGCCUGCUCGCUGCUGCGGCUGGGCACUGUGGAGGCGGUUAGCUUCUUCGAUCACCUUGGAGAGCAGUUGGCCACCCCGGCUGGUGCCAAGCCGGAGGUUACUGGGGACGUAGCUGCAGACGGCACCGCUGAUCUUGAACGGGACAUGGAUGCUUUCGCAACGAUGGGAGAUGAGGCGGCAGAGACAGCAACGGCUACGCAGGUUGCACUGGGAGAAGUGGAUGGCGCGCUUGUCGCCAAUGCUGCUGCUGCCGCAAUCGACUCCGUGGUCCAUGCAUUGGAGCAGCUUCGCAGCAGCGCUGCAGCUGGCAACGGCGGGCCAGCGGUGGACCCGGUUGUUGGCACCGCGCUAUUGAUGCAGAUCCAGUCGUCCCUAGCGCAGGCGACGGAGGCGUUGGCCGGCAUGGGUGUGGACGUCAGCUCGUUGGCGUCCCUGGCCGCUGGGGCAAGGGUUCAGACCCCGGUUACACCCGGGGAAUGGGCUUCCUCUGCAAGCCACAAGCGCCCGCGUGUGGACGGAAGCCCCUCCACACCCACCCGUGCCGCCGCUGCGGAAACGGCUACAGAGAGCGUGGCUACACCUGUGCUGCCGCCAGGGCCACCCGUGCCGCGGCAAGCGCCUGAAGAAGCAGCUGCCGAGGGCACUGGGGAACGUUUCCAGCAGUUGGGUAAGCGGCUUUCGAAUGCCUCCGCGGGGGGGCCUGGCCCACUGGCGGCACAGAGCAAUGGUGCGGAGGCGCCCCUGACGCCGAUGUCACAGCAGCAGCAGCCUUCGGUGGUGGUAUCACUAACCGUAACCCCGGCUCCGGAGGUUGAUGUUGCGGCUGUGGAGGCGCGUGUGCGGAGCGAGGAGCGGGCCGCAUGGGAGGCACGGUUGGAUGCAGUUGUGGACUCGGAGCGAGAGUCUGCAGCGUUGGUGAUUGCCGCAGUAGAGCGGGAACGUGACGGCCUGCAGCAGCGGUCCGGGGAGCUGGAGGCGGCUUUGGCGGGCGUGACGAUGGAGCGGGAGGCGCUUGUGGGGCGGCUUGAGGCAGCGGAGGCGGAGUGCCUGAGGUUGCGGGCGUGCAGCGAGGAGGCUGAGACGCAUAGGGAAGCCCUGGCGGCCAGGCUGUCGGAGGUGACGUCAGAGCGUGACGCACUGACCGCGGUGCUGGCGGCGGAGCGCUCGGAGAAGGCGGUCCUGCUGGCGGCGCUUACAACGGCCCGUUCGGAAAGCGAGGAUCUGCGCCGGAGCUAUGCAGCGCGUUUCAGUGCGCUAAGUUCUGAGCUGGAGGCCACUCGGGGCUCCCUGGUGGCGCUGCAGGGCGAGCACGAUGAGCUGCUGCUGUGCCUGGGCCAGGAGAGCACGAAGGUGGCGGUUCUGACGGACGCUUUACGUGACCGGGGCGGUGAUCCAGAUCCCCUCAUUGAAAAGAUUGAGGCCGAAUAUGAGGCUAUGGAAUUAGGCGGCGCAGGGACUGGGGAUGAGGGUGAGGAAAACGGGAGCGAAGGUUACCGUGCGGCGGGGGCUGAGGAGGAUCAGGAGGCGGCAGAGGGCUGGGAGGGGGAAGACCUGCAGCUGUAGACAUGAGCAGAUAGGGUUAGAAUCAAAUUUACCUAGGCUUGACGGGUGGGAAACUAGCUUUUGCCGGUUGCAAAGCUUAAACUUGGCAGGUGCAUGUGCAGGAUCCUGGAUUUCGUGACUGUUUUGAGUUUUUCUGUUUUUGCUUGUCCUGCAUUCGGACGAAUAUCACACUUACACGCGCCGUGCAACACGCACUGAUUCGGCUUAGCUUCGUUUGUAUCUUGAUCCUAUGUGAUAAGAGCAAUAAAAAGGGGACAGGUGAGAACGGGUGUGCAUUUUGCACAGGCUGGAAAGGCCCAGGUAGAUCACUUAAGGCGGGAGUCAUAAGGUCUGAAGCCGGCUGUAACCUUCUUUCAGUAGCCUCCACACUUGCGAGAGUCAUCACACUUGUUCGCGAUCGCUAACUACCAACAAAAAUCGCACCAAUAAAUAGCCCACCUGUAACUGGGCGGCAUGCGACGACAUGCUCAACGAAAUAACUGUACGGUUCUGUACACUUGCCUUUCUCAAGCGGUUGACGCAACCCUACGUAGUCCACGGUAACCAUGUAGUGCCUUGCCUCACUUUCCAGAGGAGAUAUAAGGGUAACGAAUUCACAUCAUCCCAAUGCAAAAUCGGAUCCGUCCUGGUCCAACAACAAAGAUCUCACAUGCGAUAUACAACACAGACCACCUUGGUGUCACAGGAAUUUCACUGACCUACUCUAUCCUACCUCCCCAAAACGUCUUGAAGUAAGCCCGCCCAAGGGUACCAGCUGGAAAAACUAAUAUACAAGAGCUCCAAUACCCCGAAAGAAGAAGACCUGCAUCCCCGUAACCUCCAAGAUCCAAAUCCCAUAGAUCCAAAACUCCCAGCUUGUUCCAUACAUUACA